GGACUCGUUCAAAAUUCAAACAUGUCUCGCCUGUCGGUGCUCAGCGGUUUCACUCGCAGUGUCUUCCGUUCCUCCAGGAACCAUAGAUAUUUACUGCGCUGCCAGUCUGACAAUUCGGAUGCACCCUUUAUCUCACAUCCGACGGACCAAACACAAAGUGGGCAGAAGGAAAUGGAAAAGACAAGGAGUGUGGAACACUCAAGUCACCUGUUUGUGUGGCCGGAUUUAAAGGACAAGAACUUGCAUAAAGUUGAAGAGUUCAAGGAUGACAGCGAUGACGACAUUACCGCCUCGUGGGGCUGGAAAAAUAACGAACUAGAUGUGGAGCAAUUGGCGGGUAUGCCCAGUCCCAGUCAUUCAGAAGAUCCGUACAUGCAGUUUGAGGAGGAACAAGAGGACGAUCAGCUGUUAUUCAGUGAAGAGGAUUUGCAAUUUGAAAGAACCCGCAGCCUGCGAGAACACUUGACCCAGGAACUCAACUCCCAAGAGCCCUUUACCAGUUUCGAACGCAGUUCUCUUAACACCGUGCGACAGAAUGUGGACUUUAUGAUGCAAGAGCUGAGUCAAAUUUCCCUUCUUUUAAACGCGCUCUAUUCGGAGAAAUCAGGUUCAUUAAACAACACAAUGGGUCAAGCUGAAAACGCCUUGGACACCAUUUACCCAGGACCGGAAAUGGCUUCAUGGUCCUUCAACCCAGCCCAAGUUAAUGAGAACCAAGUCAACCAACCCAAUAUGAACGAGAAUCUGGAUAAGGAGGAGGUAUUCGAUCAGUUGAUGGGUUUUGAGAUAACCAAUGCGGCGGCUGAUCAGUUUGGGUUGGAUGUUGUAGAGACUUCUGUGAUAACCAAAAAGCCUGAGGAUAUCGAAAGUUCUGUUAUAGCGAAUGAGGAGGGUGAGGAUAUCGCAAGUUCUUUGGAGACCAAUGAGUUGGAAAGUGUUGAAAGUUCCGAGCAAGCCAACGAAUUGGAAGGUAUCCAAGGUUCUAUUAUAACCAAUGAGUCCGAUGAUGUCGGGACAUUAGAUUCCAUAAUUACUAAAAUGGGACAAGAGUCCGCAGAAAGUGAAGGUCAAGAAUAUAGUCCCACUCAAACUACUGAAAGCUCACCCAAGACGGAUGAAGGACAGCAAACUGAGCCCAGUGAAACCAUCCACACCUACAGACCCUUCAAGACCAUCGAAGUCCCGUCCUCUAAGCCCACUAGUAGCCUGUGCUCCGAGUUAAAUGAAGAGCAGCCAUUUAACCGGGAAGCCCAAGCUGUCACGGGUUUUGAGGAUAACCCAGGCUACUCUGUUGCUGUCCAACUUACGGAACCCGAAUCCCGCCUACUGAUGCGCAUGGCUCUAAAGCAGGCUUUAAACGAUCUGGAAUCGGGUAAAAACAAAUACAAAGCCACCAUCCUGGAGUCAGAAACUGAGUGAAAUAGAACGACUAAAAUACAGACAUGA